GGACGAACCAACCGCUUCUUGCAUUCUUGCCAUCUCUUACAUUGCAACAUGAUUUCUGCUUUUAGAUAGCGGAGUAAUGAUGUCUUGCUUGGUAGCAUCAUCGAUGCUACUACUGUCAACUUCUCUUGCAGUGUUCAUACUUGGGAAGCGCUGGAUAUGCACCAAAAUUCUCUUUUUUCGAAGGAAACUGAUGCAUGUGUCGCGGAUUUAUCUGAUGUGUGUUAAAGGUUGAUUAGAGGAGCAAAAAGUUUGGAUAUUGGGUUUGGAUCUACGUUUUCCAAGACUACUGUAAAUGAGGGAAUAAUCUUGUGGAUUUGAUUAUAUAACGUUGAUAUUGAUCAAAUUUAGACAGAUUUAAAAAGAAAAUAGGUUUUUUUCGAGUACUAGAAUUUCGACUGAUUUAUCAUUAGCAUUGUCAUUAACCGUUGUGUAUUGGAUAUUACAUAAUUGGCCGCGUCAAAUGUCCUCCGGAAGACUUCACAUUUUCACUCGAAUCGUAAAAGCGAAGCGGAGAAAGGGGGGAAAAAGUGCUUCUUUUAUUGGCGUACGAAGUGGCGAGAGAUUUCUGCAACGUCCGAACCCUCCUCGUCGACCCGCGGCUGCCUUCAUCUACAUCCAGUAUAUCACCACAAACAGCAUAUCCGCAUGGUGCAAAGAGCUCUUGAAUUCUGAACCAGUGCAUACCGGAAGGCCUGGCAGAAUAAUAGCAUAUGACAAGAUUGCAAGACAUUACAAGUGGGCCCUAGAUGAGCUAUUCACCAGGCAUAAUUUCAGUCGAGUUGUCAUACUGGAAGAUGAUAUGGAAAUUGCACCAGAUUCUUUUGACUGUUUUGAGGCCACAUCUGCUCUACUCGAAAAGGAUAAAUAUGUUCCGUGUUGGUUUGCUCAUUAUAUCUUCAAAACUUUUUUUUUAAGAAAAAAAUAUAUCUUCAAAAGUUGGGAGUUCAUUCUUAACCAUUCUUUUCUAAUUAUUUUGCACCAUUAUUUCCCCUGAUGUGGUACUAUUGAAGAAUGAUCAUGGCUGUUUCUUCUUGGAAUGAUAAUGGACAAGUGGAGUUUGUGCAUGAUCCUGGUUCAAACAUUAGUCAACCUUACUCAGGAAAUUCUUGCUUGUGGAUAACUGGAUGAGGUUAAAGGAGGUACAAAAGGAUUGUCAUUUAUUCUUCCAGAAGUUUACAGAACAUACAAUUUUGGUGAGCAUGGUUCUAGCAUGGGGCAAUUCUAUAAACAAUACUUGGAGCCUAUUAAACUAAAUGAUGUCCAUAGGUUGAUUGGAAAUCAGUGGAUCUGAGCUACCUGAUGGUGGUAAUUUUAUUUGUCUAAUUAAUUUCAUGGUAAUGUGAUUAAUCUGAUACAUUAUUUUUUUUUUUUCCUGACACUGGCCAGACAAGUAUUUAAAUCAUUUUGCCAAAAUUUUGUCCAAUGCUAGACCUGUCAAUGGACCUGAUGCCAUUCUGAAGGUGCAUAGUGUAGAUGUUGAUGUGCGUAUCCAGUAUAGCGACCUGAGAGAUUUUGAACUAUUAGCCCAUCAAUUUGGAAUAUUCGAAGAAUGGAAGGCAAUUCCUCUCCUGUUUUAGUUUCACUUAAUUAUUGGCUUUCUGUGGGACAUCUAAAUGCAAGCAUGCACCCCAGGGUGCACGGCCCACAUGCACGAACAUAUGCAUGCGUGCAUGCAUAUGUAUGCCCGCAUGCGUGCAUGCAUAUGUGUGCCUGCAUGCAUGCAUGCAUAUGUAUGCCCUAGUUACACCUUCCACAAGAACCAAAACUUCACGAUCAAUCACAAAUUAUAUUCAUAUUAAAACUAAUAUUAGUUGACACAAACUCUAUUGCUAUUGUCACAUAUCCCAGCCAGCAUGCAUCUAUAUCGAAACACAUUAAUCUUUGUUGAGGGAGCACUUGAUUCCUUGGUGCUAAACAUAAAAGGAGCUGAGAGUUGGAAUCUUGGACAAUUUGUUGCCAUAUUGUAGCAUCUUCUGUUUCUUAUAUCGACUCUAUUUCCUGUUCUAGAAUUCAUUCCCUUAGAAUUGCUUUCUUUUUCUUAUUUUAUUUGUAGGAGGUUCCUAAAUUAUUUUGUUUUUCAUGGUUGAAUUGUUGCUUUAAAUAAAUAAAAAUAUCAUUCACCAUAUUUAAGAUUCAUCAACAUUAUAGCCUUAAACAAAUGCCAUCAUAUCUACUUACUGUUCUCCACUUUCUGCUUGUCAAAAACAACUAAUUCUUUUUCCAGGAUGGCAUUCCAAGAACAGCAUAUAAAGGAGUAGGACUCUGAGACGUACUUGUGGGUCCAACUUCUCUCAAGCUACUUGGAAUAGAGCAUUCUUGACAAUCAGAGCACACGUCACUGCUUUUACUGGGGCUACCAUCUUUGAUGAAUGAAAAAUCUAGUUGUUAGAUAUGGUUGGAAAUGACUAUGAAGCCUUAUUUAAGGAUGGAUUCAUACACGCAACUCAGCUGAGCAGCACUUGCAAGGUUUGCAGAUAUUCACAAAAAGGAUGGACCGACAAAGCACAGGCUUUUGAGAAGAAACAGAAGAUCCAUCUUUCAGCAGCAUGACUCAUGAUUUGAUUGCCUUAAAUGAAUUUUUGUCUACCUGCAUAGAUUUUACCUGUCAGAUGCACCCAUGUUAGAUCUUCACUUGUAUGGCACAUCACAAAAUGCUAUACAAAGUUUCCUUGAUGCAGGUAAGAUGAUACGUUAUCAGAAAUACAGAGCAACAAUGACAGCAGAGAUUUGCUCAUUUACGGUAGCAAGGGCUCCAAGAGUCUCCAAAUAGCUCAGCUGGCUGACAGGAUCAAGCUCGUAGUAAUGGAACAGAUUCGGACCUUAUCUGACUGGAUUACAGAAGAGACGACAGAAAGCUCAGAGGGAGAUUAUCACAAUGUUGAACAAGCUGAUGAGAGCUAUCAUGGAAAAUUACAUAUUGAACCUAUAUUUUCAGCAUUUAUUUGUCCUCUUACUAAGCAAGUUAUGCGGGAUCCUGUUACCAUAGAAAAUGGGCAUACUUUUGAGCGUGAAGCAAUUGAGAAGUGGUUUCAGGAAUGCAGGGACAGUGGAAGGUUGCCCAUUUGCCCACUGACAUUGAAAGAGCUUAGUAGUACUGACUUGAACACUAGUAUAUCUCUACGAAAUACCAUCGAAGAAUGGUUCCAAAGGAAUGAAGCUGCUCAUAUUGAAAUGGCUUGUAGAUCAAUCAGUUCUGGAAGCUCAGAAAUAGAUGUUUUGCAAGCUCUAAACUAUAUUGAGCAUAUUUGCAAGAAAUAUAGGUCAAGCAAGCAUGUUGUGCACAAUGCAGAGUUAAUUACAAUGAUCACUGACAUGCUGAGGAGCAGCAGCAAGAGAGUACGAUGCAAAGCACUAGAAGCUCUUCGGACAGUAGCAGAAGACAAUGAUGAAAAUAAGGAAGUCGUGGCUGCAGGAGACAAUAUACGCACGGUUAUAAAGUUAUUGUCACAUGAGUAUUCUGUGGAGAGGGAAUUAUCUGUUUCUCUGUUAUAUGAGCUUUCAAAAUCUGAAUCGUUAUGCGAAAGGAUUGGGGGUGUAUAUGGAGCAAUACUUUUAUUGGUCGGAAUGGCAAGUAGUACAUCAGAAAAUAUCUUGAUUGUUGAGAAAGCUGAGAAGACUCUGAUGAACCUGGAGAAGUGUGAGGAAAAUGUCAGGCAAAUGGCUGAAAAUGGCCGGCUGCAGCCUCUUCUUAACCUGCUUCUUGGAGGUCCACCUGAAACGCAGAUGUCCAUGGCUGCAUACCUUGGGGAGCUAGUUUUGAGCAAUGAUGUGAAGUUCUUGGUGGCCCAAACAGUGGGUUCAUCACUGGUCAAUGUCAUGAAAACUGGAGGUAUCCAGGCAAGAGAGGCUGCUCUUAAGGCGCUGAACCAGAUUUCAUCAUAUGAGGCAAGUGCCAAGAUACUAAUCCAAGAAGGGAUCCUUCCUCCUCUUAUCAAAGACCUCUUUGCUGUUGGCGUCAACCAGCUUCCCAUGAGAUUGAAAGAGGUUUCUGCAACAAUUCUUGCCAAUGUUGUGGCUUCCUCUGCUGAUUUUGAGGCCAUCCCACUUAACGAUGACAACCAGACUUUGGUCUCUGAAGAUAUUGUCCACAACCUACUCCAUCUCACCAGCAACAGCGGUCCCGCAAUUGAGUGCAAGCUUCUUCAAGUCCUUGUUGGUCUAACUAGUUCUUCGACAACAGCUCUAAAGGUUGUUUCUGCCAUUAAGAGCUCUGGUGCUACCAUCAGUUUGAUUCAAUUCAUUGAAGCUCCACGGAUGGAUAUCCAGGGGGCCUCCAUAAGGCUCCUGCAAAAUAUAUCACCUUUCAUGGGUCAAGAGCUGGCUGAUGUCCUUCCAGGUGCUUCUGGUCCGCUUGGCAGCUUGAUUAGAUUAAUCUCAGAAAGUAAUGGCAUCUCAGAGGAACAAGCAGCUGCCAUUAGUCUCUUAGCCAACCUUCCUGAAAGCGACUUGGGUCUCACCAGGCGACUCUGGGAAGAAGGGACCUUCAACAUAGUCAUUUCCAGGGUAGUAAUGAUCCGGCAAGGGGGAACUCGAGGCACCCGCUACGUCACUCCUUUUCUUGAAGGGCUUGUGAGAGUUCUUUCAAGGCUCACGUACUCUCUGCAUGAUGAACCUCAAUAUGUUGCCUUCGCUCGUGAUCACAAUCUUGCUUCACUUUUUACCGAUCUACUUCAGAUGAAUGGCAUUGAUAAGGUACAAAUGGUUUCAGCUAUGGCAUUGGAGAAUCUUGCAAAGGAAUCCAGACAUCUCACCAGGUUUCCAGAGACCCCUGAACCAGGAUUCUGGAGCUCUAUAUUCCCAUGUUGUAGUAAGCCACCAGUGGUAACUGGACUAUGUCACAUCCACCAUGGUUUCUGCUCCAUGAAGGAGAACUUCUGUCUUUUGCAAGGGAAAACACUGGAGAAAUUGAUUGCUUGUUUGGACCAUGCAAAUGAGAAGGUGGUAGAGGCUGCCUUGGCAGCACUAUGCACUCUGCUGGAUGAUGGGAUGGACGUUGAGCAAGGGGUGAUGGUGUUGUGCAAGGCCGAGGGGAUCAGACCGAUACUUGACGUGCUGCUUGAAAGUCGAACAGAGAUACUCCGCCACCGAGCAGUUUGGGCUGUUGAGAGGAUAUUAAGGACACAGGAUAUAGCCAAUGAGAUUUCAGGGGAUCAAAGUGUGGGUUCAGCCCUGAUCGAAGCUUUCCGGCAUGGGGAUUAUGUAACAAAGCAGAUUGCAGAGAGAGCAUUGAAGCAUACAGACAGACUGCCAAACUUCUCUGAUGUUUUUCAGAAGAGAAGUUGAUACGUGCGAGAUGGAUGAGGCAUGGUUUAGUUUGUUAUCUUUACGUUUUUUCAGCAUUUUUCAAUCUUUUGUUUUCCACAAAUUGGUAGGGGAUUCAGAUUUUUUUUCUUAUGUUCAUUGAAUUAGUUUUCAAAUAUCAUGAUUGGUGAUUGGUGUUUCUCCAUGAGCGAGAAAAUUUAUGAAACGAGAGACAAGUUUUCCUUCUGAGGGUUUGCUUUUGUUUAAUUUUUUCUUCUUGUAAUUAGAAAGUGGUGGAUGAGUGAGAUUACCUUUUAUUUAUUUAUUUAUUUCUUGAA